AUGGCAUCGCCGUUUGAAACCAAACUGUUCAUCAAUAAUCAGUAUGUAGCUGCCAAGUCAUCUGAACGACUAAAACUUUACAAUCCCACCGAUGAUUCUCUUGUCACAGACGAUGUACACGUUGCAGGUCCAGAUGACGUCAAUGCGGCUGUCGCCGCUGCUAGGGCUGCCUUUCCCGGCUGGGCCGCAACACCUCCGGGCGAGCGAGCAAUUAUACUCAACAAAUUCGCAGAUCUUAUCGAUAGCAAUGCCGAAACUAUCGGGGCGCUACACACUAAGUGCAGCGGCCAAAUCAAGCUCCUGGCAAGCAAUUUUGAGCUCAAAGUUGCUUCGAAAUGCUUCAGAUACUAUGCAGGCUGGUGUGAUAAGCUUUUUGGAGAAGUUGUUCCUUCAGUCGAUGGCAUCAUGUCGAUUAUAACGCACGAGCCGUUGGGCGUAUGUGCAGCCAUCUGUGCCUUUAAUGCACCAAUGCAGGUCCUAUCUGCCAAGACGGCACCAGCACUAGCUGCUGGAAACACGGUCAUCGUUAAACCUUCCGAGAAGUCGCCACUGGGUGCACUUUUCGUUGGCCGUCUCGCCAAAGAGGCGGGUUUCCCCGAUGGUGUCUUCAACGUCGUUACUGGCGGUGGUCCGACUGGCGCACUCUUAGCCUCGCACAUGGAUAUCAACAAGGUCUCAUUUACGGGUAGUAGUGCUACUGGUCGUAAGAUUGCACAAAUGGCGGCUCAGAGCAAUCUGAAGCGUGUCCAGCUUGAACUUGGUGGCAAGAGUCCUGCAAUCAUCUUUCCCGACGCCGACCUCGCGACCGCUAUCGAGUGGUGUAUUCGUGGGUUUACUACUAUCAGUGGCCAGGCCUGUAUCACUACGUCCCGUCUAUAUGUUCAUAAAUCCAUUCGCGAACAGUUCCUCGGGGGCCUUCAGGAGGGACUAAAGCAGAUGGAAACUACUAUGGGGGAUCCAAGCAAAGAUAACGUCUAUUUCGGUCCCCUCGUCGACAAGAUACAAUUAGAAAGAGUUACAGGAUAUCUCAAGUCUGGAAAACAAGAAGCCACUCUGUUAUACGGAGCAAAAUACAGCUUCGGCUGUUUUGUCAGACCAACCAUUUUCGUUGAUUCCAAGCCCGACGCAAAGGUCUAUAAGGAGGAAAUAUUUGGCCCGGUUACUGUUGUAAAUGACUUUGAAGACGAAGAAGAAGUAAUUCGCAGGGCAAAUGACACUGAGUUUGGACUUAGCGGCGCGGUAUUCUCUCAGGAUAUCACGCGAGCACUACGUGUAGCUUCUAAGAUCCACAGCGGAACCGUGUGCGUCAACUGCACAAUGAUGAAUCAAGUCGAAGCACCAUUUGGCGGUGUCAAGUCGAGUGGUUGGGGUCGUGAAAAUGGCAAGGAUGGUAUCCUGGCUUUCACUGAGCCCAAAACUACCUUUGUUAAACUUAUAUAA